GACGUCUUUUUGUCCUGCACAGUCUGUGUUCGUUGUUGUUUGCUGGUUCUCUCUCCUCUUGUCACUCUCAUUCUACGUUCUUUGUCGUCUGUCUCUCAUUCUUUGUUGUUCUCUGCUGGCACCCUCUACUCUUCAACUCUCUCUCUCUCUCUCUCUCUCUCUGCGCCGCACCAUCCCCAAUCUUGCUCUAUAUAAAAAAAACGUCCUCUCCGCUUCCUCUCGUCUUCUUUCCCUUCUUUUCUCCUCCAUGUCCAUUCCUAGGGUUUCCACCGCCCGCUAGGAUUUCUUCUUCCUCCUCCUCUGGAGCCUAGAGGGAAGCAAGAGACGAAGAGAUGGAUCCCCACCCCCAUCUCCUCCUCCUAUUCCACCUUCUCUUCUUCACUGCCCUCCGCCGGCUGUCCACCGCCUCGCCUUCCGACGACAUCCGGUCGCUCCUGGAGUUCAAGAAGGGCAUCCACACCGACCCCUUCCGUGUCGUCGACUCCUGGAAGCCGCCGACGGCGGGAUCCGCCGCCUGCCCCCGCGACUGGCGCGGGAUCUCCUGCGACGACUCGGGCGCUGUCGUCUCCCUCGCCCUCGACGGCCUCGGCCUCGCCGGCGACCUCAAGUUCACCACCCUCACCGGCCUCAAGUCGCUCCGGAACCUCACCCUCUCCGGCAAUGCCUUCACCGGCCGCCUGGUCCCGACCGUAGGCACCAUGGCCUCGCUGCAGCACCUCGAUCUGUCUGGCAACCAGUUCUACGGCCCGGUCCCCCGGCGGAUCACGGAGCUAUCCAGGCUCACCCACCUCAACCUCUCGAGGAACCACUUCACACAGGGAUUCCCGACCGGGAUCUGGAAACUCCAGCAGCUGAGGGUGCUGGACCUACGGUCCAAUAACUUCUGGGGGGACGUUGCGGUGCUGCUGUCCGAGCUCUGGAACGCUGAAUACAUUGAUCUGAGUAACAAUGCUUUCUAUGGGCCGAUCCGCAUGGACUCGGGCAACCUCUCGAGCUUGGGGAAUACACUACGGUACUUGAACUUGAGCAACAAUAAGCUAAAUGGUGGCUUCUUCUCAAGCAAUUCUUUACGGGUGUUUAAGAGCUUGGAGGUUUUGGAUUUGGGUUACAAUCAGCUUAAUGGGGAGCUUCCAACGUUUGAUUCUUUGUACAAUUUAAAAAUUUUCCGGGCGGCUAGCAAUCAGCUGUAUGGAUAUAUACCAGAAGCUCUCUUUGGGAGUACAAUGCAGUUGAUGGAGCUUGAUCUCAGUGGGAAUGGAUUUACAGGUUAUAUUAAAGCUAUUAACUCUACAACUUUGAAGCUUUUGAAUCUGUCUUCAAAUGCAUUGUCAGGUUCCUUGCCCCCUAACUUAGGGAUGUGUGUGUCCGUGGAUAUGAGUAAAAACAUGCUCUCUGGUGACCUGUCUGUGAUACAGUAUUGGGGAGAUUCAUUGGAGGCUAUUGAUUUAAGUUCAAAUGCAUUAUCAGGACAGUAUCCAAAUGAGGCCUCUCAAUUUGCCAAUCUAAUAUCCAUCAAGAUUCAGAAUAAUUCUUUAUUAGGUUCCCUUCCUUCUGUAUUAGGAACCUAUCCUAAAUUGUCGUUUGUGGAUCUCAGUUUGAAUAAAUUUACAGGACCUAUUUUGCCAAGCCUUUUUAGAUCAUUAACUUUGACAAGUUUGAAUCUAUCGGGAAAUCACUUUACUGGAACUGUUCCACUUCAAAGCCCACGCUCAACCGAGUCACUCGUACUGCCUUCUUAUACUCAUCUAGAGAGCCUUGAUUUAUCUAAUAACUUGUUAUCUACUUCACUGCCUCCAGAAAUUGGUAACAUGCAAAGGCUCAAAUUGCUUGACCUUGGAAAUAAUACUUUAUCUGGGGAGCUUCCAAGUGAGUUAAGUAAGCUUGGUGGGUUGGAAUUUCUUGACCUAUCGUUCAAUAAUUUCAAGGGAAGGAUACCUGAUAUGCUUCAGCCAGGUCUAAAGGUAUUGAAUGUUUCCUACAACAAUCUAUCAGGAACUGUUCCUCAAAAUUUGCAGAGGUUCCCAAGCACCUCAUUUCAUCCUGGAAAUGCUUUACUAGUCUUCUCAGAUGCCCUGCCUGCAGGAGAUAAUAACACUGGAUUCUCUGGGAGCAGGAGUCAUCGUCUGAAGUCUAGCAUUCGAGUAGCAUUUAUUGUUGGCUCCAUUGGUGCUGUCAUGUUGGUUUUAUUUGCAGUAAUGAUGUUAUAUAUAGCAAGGACUCAAGAAAUUUGUGGAAGAGGCCGAACUACUGGAAGAGAUUUAAAACUUGGGACUUUUGGCCCACUUAACACAUUUAAGUUUCCAAAAGAUGGUGCUGUACCUACUUCAAUGAGUUUCUCAAAUGACCAUCUGCUAACAGCAGCUGUUAGAUCAAUGUCUGCGCAAAAAGAGUUGUUAACUGAGGCUGUGGAAUAUGGUUAUUCUGAUUCAAAAGGAGUUUCAGAAUGUACAAAGCUUGAUGUGCUAGAGGAUUGUCCUCCACUCAGUGGAUGGAAGUCUUCUCUAGGGUCACCAUUUUCAUCUUCACCUCAUGUUAUUGAUUCACAUAUAUCUGAACAAGCAGUGAAGUUGGAUGUAUAUUCACCAGAUCGACUUGCUGGAGAGUUGUUUUUGUUGGACAACUCUUUAAUGUUCACGGCUGAAGAAUUGUCUCGUGCCCCUGCAGAAGUUCUUGGUAGAGGCAGCCAUGGUACAUCAUAUAAAGCAACAAUAGAUAGUGGGCACAUGUUGACUGUCAAGUGGUUGCGGGUUGGCCUUGUGAAACAUAAAAAGGAAUUUGCGAGGGAGGCAAAAAGAAUUGGAACCAUCAAACAUCCAAACAUCAUCUCUUGGAGGGGUUAUUAUUGGGGCCCAAGGGAGCAAGAGAGGUUGAUCGUUGCAGAUUAUGUUGAUGGAGAUAAUCUGGCACACUAUCUUUAUGAGUCAACGCCAAGAAGAUACUCGCGCUUAUCAGUUCGCCAAAGGCUACAGGUUGCCAUAGAUGUGGCUGGUUGUUUAUUCUACCUUCAUCAUGAAAAGGCCCUGCCUCAUGGUAAUCUGAAGCCAACAAAUAUACUCUUGACUGGUCCAGACCUCACUGCUCGGCUGACAGACUUUGGCCUUCAUCGACUUAUGACACAAAGUGGUAUUGCUGAGCAGAUGCUAAAUUUGGGAGCACUAGGAUACUGUGCACCUGAAUUAGCUACCACAAGCAAACCUUGCCCAUCAUUCAAGGCUGAUAUCUAUGCAUUUGGGGUGAUACUAAUGGAACUGCUAACCCGAAGAAGUGCUGGUGACAUUAUUUCAGGCCUAUCUGGGGCAGUUGAUCUUACUGAUUGGGUUCAGAUGUGCAAUAAGGAGGGGCGUGGAACAGAUUGCUUUGAUAAAGACAUUGCUGGCUUGGAGGAAGCCCCAACGGUGAUGGAUGAAUUGCUCACUGUAUCUCUUAGAUGUGUUCUUCCUGUAAAUGAGAGGCCUAACAUCAGGACAGUCUUUGAAGAUCUUUGUUCCAUAACAGUGUGAAUUUUUCUUUUGUACAUGCUAUUGGAAUUAAAGCUUCCCUUUUCCCUUUUGGGUGGUUCAAGUUUGGUGUAAAAAAAAAUUGAUCCAUUAAUUGAUCCUUUGAGUUUGAGGGUGGAGUU